AUGCAUUCCAGUACGCGACCUGCUCGUCGCUUACAGACAGUCGACGUCGAUGAACUAUCAGAUUACAAGUUAGGCGUUGCAUCAAUGGCCGACAACAUCGCCCCCAAGCGUCGGGGAAGGCCUCCAAAGCCCCGGCCUUACGAGAAGUCGUCCACAUCCAAGUUAUGCGGCAGCCUACCCGGGACCAGACGGCGAGGAAGACCGCGCAAGCCUGCGAAACACUCCAUAAAGCAAAAGAAUGUCUCGAAGAACGUGCGGCAUGCCAUGUCUGACCAACAAAUCGCAAAGAGAUUGGGCUGGGUAAUGCGCCGUCCCACGAUGGGGAAACGGUUUGGCGAUGCGUCUCGGGCAGUUUUUUGGCUCUCAGGACAGUGGCCGUGGGACUUGAUCGCGGACUUUCUCCCCAAAAGAUGGGGUAUCCCGAUCGUGGAAAACUUGAGAAGGCUGUUCAGAACUGUCCAUCGUCGCGUCGCGACUGUUGACUAUGGACAUAACUUCCAAGUGGUGAAGGAUUAUCUACAAGGUUGUGCAACAAAACGCAGCGGGUGUCGCCCCCAUCUUAGGAACAGCGAUGUCAAAGAUGCUUGCGACUAUUUCUCGGCUCAUGACUAUAGAAGUGAAGCUGUGCAGACAACAACCAUGAGGACUCGAAUCAGGCGUAUCACUACAUCAUUAGGGUCUGGUGAGAACAGCGGGGACGACGAAGGUGACGGUGAUGACUGUGAGGAUCAUUCAGACGAUGAUAUCGAUAGCGACGCGGCCAGCUCGGAAGAUGAAUGGGAGGACUGGAUUGACUACCAAUACCCCGACGAUGAGGAAACAGCGAUGGAAUGUACGGUCGCGAUUAGGAAGCGCUCCAGGUCAUCAUCCGUACUUUCUCGAGCCCCGAAGCGUGCUUGCACAAGCGACACCGACGCUGCGGGCAAUGAUAUGGAUGAUGUGAUGAGUCUUGACGCAUCACCUAAUGCCACGAGGGAGGUAAAUCCAUGUCUUUCACAUCCGCGAUCAACCAUGAUCGAACACACGCAGUCCCAUUCUCAUUCCGACUUGGCACACACACCAAAUCUGGCAGACCUCAUCCCUGCACUAAAGUCGUUGCAAAUCGAAAAGGAGAAACAGCUCGACGCGGCUACCCGUUCACUCCAUGACAUCACAGUUUCAAUCCAAGCAAGCGAGUUGUCCGCAUCACAAUCAAGUGCCAGCAACAAGAUAAUCGAUAGCUUAUGUUCAGACAUGAAGCGAUAUGAGAUAGAAAGGGAGAAGAUACUGAAAGGUAAAAGGUUCGUUGAGGAACACCACGACGAUAUGGCGAUGGGUGCCGAGGACAUUGCAAAGACCAUGCAACAGUACGAUGUAAGACUUGAAGAAUGCGAUCAAUCAAUCGCGCAAGCAAACGCAGGCGUGCUGGAAGAGCUGGGGCUGAUCGCCCAGAAGGACUUCGAUCUUAAGGCCGAAGAGCGACGGUUGUGUGUGCAUCACCAAAGGGCCAUUGAGGAGGUAAUGCACUGCCAGACAAUUGGGACACUGACGAGGCUAGGCUCAUCAGGAAUGACGACCUUGCUGCUUGAGCUUGAAGAGAAAAACAUUGAUUUGGUUGGUCUAGCUGAGGCUAUCAUGGUAGAAGGCGCGGUGGCUGCGAAGGAGCAGCACUCUCCUGCUGAUGACUGA